GGCUCGUCAAGGGGUUGUCUUUGUCAAGGGGUGUACCGUAUCACAAGGGACACUCGCCUCCUGCCCUUCCGAGACUGCGAUCCUGUUCCACCAACAGCCAACCCGAUCGCUGCCUCGACUGUGGGCUGUGUGAAAUUUCCACCAACCAUAUCGCAUCGCAUCCACGUCGCAUCCACAUCGCAUCCACUUUCCGAUCUGAAGAGCAUUCAUACCCGUUGCAUAGCCUCUGUGAGAUGAGCUCCCCAAGCAACCGCACUGCGACAUGCUUGCCGCUGCUUCAGCGCACUGGGUCGGAUCCUACUGUCGCACCGCCUAUCGCUCCAGCCGCUGGGAUAUCCCCUCCGGACUCGAUGUCGGUAACAACAGGCGCAAUGCAUCGUCCGGUCGGACCGCCUUUGGUCAAACCUUUGGCCAUGGCUUUCGUCAAGCCAUCCGGCAACCGGCCUGUCAGCCCGCCACUGUCGCACUCGCCCGUUGACUAUGCUCUGCUGGCACUCUCCCCGCUAUCAAUGCGGCGGCGAUCCAGCGGCUGCAGCGAAUAUUCAGAUAGGUUGAUGCCGAUCCGCAACGAAGAGCCCGUGGCAAAGUUCAACUUGCACCGCGAGGGCGAGGUCGGCUGCAAGCGGAAGCACUCUCAACAAGCCGAGCUCGAUCUCCAUCGCGAGGAGGCCGGUAAAGCAUAUGCUGCCGUGCUCCAAACUGAACUGGCCAACGAGCCGCCACCGAGCCUCGCCUAUUACAGCAAGGCCAUGUGUCCCUCGACUCCGACAAAGACCAAGACCCUGUUGACCUACAGGUCGCCGUCGAACCCCAAUCGCCUCAAGAUCCUGGACCAUCCGCGCGCGCCAAAGUACUCGACGACCCCGAUCAAGCCCGAGUCUCAGAUGAUCCUUUCCUCUCCGAAAAAACCGAUUCGAAAGAUACCAAAAGUGCCAUACAAGGUCCUGGAUGCGCCGGAUCUUCAGGACGACUUUUAUCUGAAUCUUUUGGACUGGUCCACAAGCAAUUACCUCGGGGUCGGUCUCGGCAGCUGCGUAUAUCUUUGGAACGCCGGAAACAGCAAGGUCAUCAAGCUUUGCGACUUGGGCUCCCACGAGGAUCUGGUUACAUCGGUUUCGUGGUCGCCGCGCGGCUCGCACAUCGCCAUCGGAACCAACACCGGCAUCGUCCAGAUCUGGGAUGCCGCCAAGGGGAAGAAGGUCCGAAGCAUGAAGGGUCAUUCGGCUAGGGUCGGCUCGCUUGCCUGGAACGGGGACACACUUACCUCGGGCAGCCGCGACCGCAACAUCUUCCAGAGAGACGUGCGGAUGCCGAGCGACUACACCAAGAGCCUGAAGGCACACGUCCAGGAGGUGUGCGGCCUCAAAUGGAGUCCGGAUGGCUCGUAUCUUGCCUCUGGUGGAAACGACAACAAUCUGUUUGUCUGGGAUCGAUGCUGCGAGACCCCGCUGUGCUCCUUCAGCGACCACACUGCGGCCGUAAAGGCGAUUGCAUGGUCGCCGCACCAGCAUGGGCUGCUCGCUUCUGGCGGUGGAACGGCCGACCGCCGGAUCCGAUUCUGGAACACCCUGACAGGCACCCACAUCCGCAGCAUCGACACGGGCUCGCAGGUGUGCAACCUGGCCUGGGCUAAGCACGUCAACGAGCUCGUCAGCACCCACGGCUACUCCCAAAACCAAAUCGUCAUAUGGAAAGCGCCGCAAAUGGAGCAGAUAGCGAUCUUGACGGGCCACACCUAUCGUGUCCUCUAUCUGGCCAUGUCGCCCGACGGCCAAAAUAUCGUCACCGGGGCUGGCGACGAGACCCUGCGGUUCUGGAACGUCUUCAACAAGAUGAAGCCCAAGGCAGGAUACGGCAGCGGAUUCUCGGCACUUGCCCCAAUGAGAUAGCCUCGCAGCUGUGCGUGGUGGGCGGGAGCACCGGGGGCUCUCGGCCAAGUCGCUGCAGUCAUUUCUUCUGUCACCUCGAUGUGCGGUCCAUUCAUAGUCGGCUCACUUUCUGUCUCGCUGCCACAUGCCAAUCUUCAGACAUUUCGACGCACUCAUUUACGGAUCCCUCGCCUCUGCUCUUAGCCGCAUAGAGUGCCACCGACCCUUCUUUGUCCAUUUGAUGUCUUUGAUCGUAUCGUUGUGCAUAGAUAGACG